AAUUCCGUUUUAAAUACAAAUUAAGUGGAGAUGAGUUGGAAAUCUUAGUUGCGCCUAAUAUACGUCAAUAAUAUAAACAUGCCUGCCAAGUUACUAGUUCCAGAAGUCCCAAAAUAUAGCAAACAAGUUGGCAUUCCUAAUACAUUACUAUAUAGUGGCAGUCGCUUCAAAGGAAAUCAAAAAAGUAAAGGCAAUUGUUACGAUGUUGAAGUUGUUCUGCAGCAUGUUGAUCAAGAAAGUUCUUUUUUGUGUGGAUAUCUUAAAAUCAAAGGACUUACAGAUGAGUACCCUACUUUAGUCACAUAUUUUGAUGGUGAAAUAAUUAGUCAAAAAUACCCCUUCCUAACUAGAAAAUGGGAUGCUGAUGAAGAUGUCGAUAAAAAACAUUGGGGAAAGUUUGGUCCAUUUAUUCAAUUUGCAAAGAAGUUUAAUACUGACAAUUUUGAUUAUGAAUAUUUGAAAACAACAGACAUUGUUUUUAUGCGCUGGAAGGAGCGGUUUCUUUUACCAGACCACAAGAUAACAGAUAUCGAUGGUGCUUCGUUUGCUGGAUUUUAUUACAUUUGUUUUCAAAAAUCAACAGCAACUAUAGAAGGGUUUUACUACCACAGAAACUCUGAAAUGUUUCAAUCGCUAACACUAGUUCACGUCACCGACAAUGCGCCGUCGACUUUUGAAUUUAGGUGACAGGGUUACUUAUGCAAUCUACGAAAUUUUAUUAUUUUGUGUUUUACUGAUUUUAACAGUUAACAGCAGAACGGUUAGAAUAAAUAAAAUAAAUUGGUCGGAGAUGGUUGUUUGGAGAGUUUUACAUUGAUACUUGUUUAAAAUAUGAUAUGGAUUUAAAAGUUUUAAAAACCUAAAAUUAAUCGACAAUUUUUACUGUGAAUCAAUUCAGUUUGAAUGCGAAAGCUUUAUUUUUAUUUCGACUUGUGCUUUUAACCAUAGAAAAUUUAUUUAUUUAUUGUUAAUUUAUUAAUGCUAAUGGUUUUGGACUGUUUGUAUUUGUAUAUAAUAGAAUAAAUUUUAUCUAGCUAUUCUCCUAAUAUAUAUCUUCUCGGUUUUAUGCAUCUUGAGUAUUCGUAUCAUAAUUAUUGUUGUUGUAAUUAAUUGUACUGUUAUUAAUAUUAUUAUUCGAGAUGAAAAAAGAAAUUUAUUACGGCUAA